UCUCCACGCAGCUUCCCUCCAGAUUGUAUAACUUUCGAACCCGCCGUUACAUUCACCGUUAUUUUUGUCAGGACCAGCCGUUAAGUUCCUGACGCGUAUUCGUUCAUGAACUGCGGAGCGCCAGACUGCCUUCCACAUCUUCUUUGCUCACGCACAUACCUACGUGCAAGAGAGAAGGUGCGUGAGGGUGAAGACACCGAUCAUGUACCCUCUACAGGUGCAGAAAGGGGCAGACGAAAACGCCGCCGCCCAAAGGGCCACCACGAAACUCCUGAACUCCAAGAACCCAGGUAACUGUUAUUUCAUAUUAAAGUCGUACGAAUUAAAUUUUCAGCGUGACACAUAUACAGUCGUAUCUCGAUAAUUCGAACUCGAAGGAGCCCGAAAGUUUGUUCGAAUUAAAGGAAGGACUUAUUUCUGAAGUAUUCUUGCACCACAGCACGACGUACGAAUGGAGUCGUUAUGGGGCUUCUGCCUUGCCCAGGGGGCGCUGCAGAAAUGGUGCUAAAAAGCGCCCCCAAACCGAAACUGGGUAGUACCAAGCUCGGUCGUCUGCUUCGGAAAGCACAUUUACAAUAUGGACCCGCCACUUUCGGUUGUGUUGUACCACGGCUUGCAGCGAAUAUCGGGCGCCGAAGAUUUUUUCAGGGGUGGCACGCUGCGUAAAGGCAAGAAAUUAUGCAACGCCAAAUACGUGUACGCCGUUCAAGAAAUAAGCGGCGAAGUUUCAGCGCGGUGUCAAUCGCAAGUGAAGCGAGUCACGUACGAAGUUGAACUUCAGGUAAGGUUUGCACGCUGCUAGAUUCAGGCGCACAAACGCGAGGAAAUGCUUGCUAUAAAUGAAUUCACAGCAGCGAUAAGCAGACAUCAUGUGUACGGAACUGUUCGAGCGCACGACGGUACGCGCCGCGACGGCAGCGGUCUUUCAGCAUGCCGCGAUGUACGAACUGCUCGAACGCACGAUCCUACGCGCUGCGACGGCAGCGGUCUUUCAGCAUGCCGCGAAACGGCGGGCCUCCUGCAAUCUUUGUUGACUGCAUGCCGCUAGACAAGUAAUUAUGCCUGCGCUGUAGUAGUGGCCAUCUGUCCCUUUAGCAACUGAUAAAUGACUGAUGCAAUGCAUAUGAGCUCGCAGUAACGUACGUGCAAAUCGCGCUGCAGCGCGAGCUCGGGCGCUGCUCGCUUGUUGUAGCUUUUAAUGACAGCGCUCGAACAUCGAUGUGCUGUAAUCAAUACUGCCUUGAUGCGCUGCGUUGACGUAUUGGCUUGAGGUCAAGGAUGAGCACAUUCAACUCUCUAACCUGUGCUGCUCGUAGUGGGGUAGCGAAUUAUCACCGAAUCAGCCCGAACAUUUGUGGUCAUUUGCACACACCUGGUCACUUCACCACUUCGCACCGGUUGAAUUGUUAAUUGUCGCUGUGGCCGGGUCUCGCAUCGUGAAUCACCAGCCUUGCCUGCUGCAAUGUCGGUCUGCCAUUUAAUAUAUAGUGAUUAUCUGAAUUAAGUGAGAUAUUGGACUUGACCUGAAUUAUACACCGAAUCUCUCAUUUUUGCUACUUGCUGUGUUGUGCAUUCCCUAGACAUUGUCUGUAAAUUAUGCUAUGCAUCUCUCUUUUCACUGCUUGCUGUGUUGCGCAUUCCCUUGACAUGAUCUGUGAAUUAUGCUAUACAUCUCUCACUUUUUGCUGCUUGCUGUGUUGUGAAUUCCGAACUUCUUGGUGCUUGCCACGGUACACUUUUCGCUGCUUUGCUGCUUGUGUGGCACAGCUGCCUAUGUAAGGAGGUACUAGGCAAUUUGUGUUGUAGAAAGCAUGAAUUCUCAUUCUACGCAUCCACAUGCGGCUGUUCACUGCAUAUAUGCAUUUCAGCUUUCGCCUCAGCGUCUCAUUAUCGCAAGCAAAUGCACAUGUAAGGCUGGCCUGGGCAAAUGCAAGCAUGCUGCUGCUGUGGUGCUCUGGGUGAAUGAGUUCCAGCCGGCAUCAUGUACAGAGGUUCCACAAACCUGGGGACGCCCUUCACAAAAGCCGAAUAUAGAUGCCAGAGAAUCUAUCGAAGAGCUCUUCGGUCGUCCGAAGAAGAUAUUCAUCGGAGGCACAUGUCCCGACCAGGUUCCCCCGUCAUACGCUCAUGAGCAUUUUUCUGAAAUAGCCUGUCCUCACAAUGAUAUUCAGAAAUUAGCUUCAAUGAGUGCCUCACAAAAAGAUGAGAUCAGGCGGCUUUCAUUCAGUGAAGAAACAGUUUUGCAAAAUUCGCACUUGUCACGUCUACGAGAAAUGAUAACAUGGGAGGCAGACAUGCCUGUGUACAGUGUAAUGACAGCUACCUCUCAGACACCUACAGUGCUGACCAUCUCACGAUGCAACCUGACCACGCAAAUGACCAUAAAAGAAAGCAAGUUUUUUUUUUCUAAAGUGCUGUGCUCACGGGAGGAUGCGGAGGAGAUUGCUGUAGGUACAGUCCUGCAGGCUGGCUGCAAAAGGUGGCACAAUGAACGCGCAAUCCGGCUGUCAAGUUCAAUCGCCCAUGCAGUUGUCGCCAGAAAGCUACCAUUGGACUCUCUUGGCGAACGGAUUAAACACAGGAAGCCCUUCUUUGGGAAGGCCGUUAUGCACGGGCGAAAGACGGAAGCUGUAGCCAGGGAACAGUUUGAGCAGAAAAUAGGAGGGCCUGUCUUGCAGGUCGGUCUCAUUGUGCACUUGAAGCAACCAUGGCUGUGUGCCAGCCCUGACGGACUUUUCAAGUAUGGAGACGAGACAACUCUGCUGGAAAUUAAGUGCCCGUACUCCAGGAAAGACGAUGUACUUAUCGACCACACCAAGGAAUCAAGCUUCAUCAAGUACAUUGUGUACAGAGAUGGACGCUUGGCAGUGAACAAGCGCCAUCAGUAUUACACACAAAUGCAAGUUACAAUGUAUGUAACAAACACAACACAGUGUUUUUUUUUUUGUUUACAGCUCCAAGCAAACUGUCACAAUUGUUGUUGAGCGUGAUGAGCACUUUUUGUCAGAGGCAAUUCCCAGGCUCGAACAUUUUUAUUUUAAUUUCUAUAUUAAGCACCUUGUUUAAGGUUCUUUGCUGCAUGUAAUUACGAGGGGAAGUCAAAAAGUUAGGGAACUUUUGAGAAAAGGCACAUUUAAUCUAAUGAUAGGAAACUGAAACAUACAUUAUUUUUCUACAUAACAUCCCUGCACUUGAACGCAGUUUGCGCAACGUUUCACAAGCUUUUUGAUUCCGUCGGGAAAAAAAAGUUUUUUGGUUGCACCUGCAACCAAUUUUGCAUUGCAUCAAUGAUUCCUGCAUCGAUUGCAAAUAUUCUUCCCCUGAGCGCUCCCGUCAAUGGUCCCAGCAUAUGAAAAUCGCUUGGAGCCAGGUCUGGACUGUAUGGCGGGUGAUCCAGCAAUUUAAAUCCCAACUCCUUUAUUGUUUCGGCUGUCCGUUUGGCAGAAUGUGGCCGAGCAUUAUUUUGCUGCAGGACGACACCUUUUCACUGUUUUCCACGGCGUUUUGAUCUGAUUGCAGGUUUCUUUAGUUCGCAACACAUAACAAUAGUUCUCACUGUUCACACUUUCACGCCUCUUGGGCUGACAUGAACGGCUACCACACCUUCCAUGUCCCAGAAUAGUGUUAGCAUAAUCUUGUUAGCUGAUGGUUAACGUUUAAAUUUCUUAACUUCUGGUGAUGAGUGUUUCCAAACCAUGCUCGCGGCCUUACUUUCCGGUUCGUGAUGAUGCACCAAGUUUCAUCUACAGUAACAAUUCCCUGUAAAAAUCCAUCUCCAUCGCGACGAUAACGAGCCAAAUGUUUACGAGAUGUCCAACCUUUGUGCCUUAUGCUGCGCUGACAAUUCUUUCGGGACCCACCUUGCACACACUUUCCGAAAAUGGAGCUGCCAUGUUUAGCGGUCUGCUACACUCUUAACGACUAACGCGGGAAUAAUAGUGACACGUUCCAUAGAAGCGUUGCAGAUGACACGAAUUCAGUGCUGGAUACUAGCAGUGUUAUCAAACCCUAGUGCGAGAAAUGGCAAAAGUCCCUUUACUUUUUCAUUUCCCCUCGUACAUUACAGGUGGCUUGCAGUGGAGUGGGAACUGAAAGCACGUGGCAACAGCUUCCAGACUUGCCAUAUUGUCUCAGGAGUGUGUGAUUAAAUUAAUUAAAUUAAAUUAUGGGGUUUUACGUGCCAAAACCACGAUCUGAUUAUGAGGCACGCCGUAGUGGGGGACUCCGGAAAUUUGGACCACCUGGGGUUCUUUAACGUGCACCUAAAUCUAAGUACACGGGUGUUUUCGCAUUUCACCCCCAUCGAAAUGCAGCCACCGUGGCCGGGAUUCGAUGCCGCGACCUCGUGCUCAGCAGCCCAACACCAUAGCCACUGAGCAACCACGGCGGGUAGGAGUGUGUGAUUCGAGUACACUCGUGCAAGCAGUCACCUCACACAUGUAGCUUCCAAGACACUGCUAACCACUUGUGAGAUGAAGUUUGUACAGACCUUAACUUGGCUUCUCUAGCGUUGAAACAAUGUGCUGUGCAGUGAAAGGGCCAAGUAUUUAUACGAGUGCAUAUGUAAGUGAGAAAUAUUUGUGCUAUGAUAUUUAUUGUUUUGCAUCACUAAGAGUUGCAGAGAUAUGCCAAAGCUUUCAAAUAAACUUUUUUAUUAGAUGCUCAACUUCACCAUGUUCACUGCUGCCAGUCUGUUGGGUCAUGCUUUGCAGAGAGCCAGUGCAUAUACAGGAGCUGGCUUACAAGACAGAUGCAAUGCCUGCAGUUUUGAAGUGUAGGCUUUUUUUAAGUCUUUACUCACUUUCACAAUGACAACAGUGUCGGAGCACAGACCACCCGACACAAUGAUUCAACAAAAUGCAACCUCAUGUCAUGGUAACACAUAUAACAGCCCACUGGCCCGUAUUUAUUCAAGGUCCUCACAGGCUCCGAGGUGGAGUAUUGCGUGAGGGGGCUUACAAAAGCUUAAACAAUGAAAAGGAGCAAAAAUCUUCUUAUACAUGAACUCGCCAAAAUAGAACUUAUACAAUAGUGAGCGAUAAAGAUCAUUUCCAAUUUAUACAAUUCAGGCUGGAGUAAGAAAUUUGUAAAUAUACAGGUAAUUCAAUUUAAAACACGUUCACAUGACAUAUUCGCAAAAUGAAUUCGAAAUCAACAUUUAAAAUGUGCACUUAACUCUUGUCUAAAAAUCACGGGAUUAACAAUAUUAGCUAUUUUGUCAGGGCGGAUGAA